CGUCAAAAUUUGAAAUCUGCCAAAACUGUUUACUCCAUGAAUCAAAUCAGCAGAGUUACUAAUUAUGCCCAAAAUUAGGCCGCACAAUCCCAAAAUUAGCAGUAGUAAUGUUGAAUUUGAAACAUAAAGAAGAAAACAAGUAAAAAAAACAAUGGAUCAUUACCUGACAACUUACAGGAAGGACUACUUGUGGCCCAACUUGCCGGGGGCAGGGGGCGGCGGCGGAGGCCUGGCUGAAGUCCCAAAGCUCUCAGGGCAGGAGCUCGCCUUCUACCAGGCAUGCAUGCAUCACACCAGGCCCCCGGAUUGCCGGUGCCCCCAGUAUUCUGGGGGGGAGAUGCCGCAGCUUCCCCCGGGAAAAGACGGAGGAUGGAGCCGGAAUGAGAUUAUGGGCCCUCUACUGGACCCUAAAUUGUACCCUGUAAGAGUGGCAGCCAGUCCUGAAACACCCACAUCCCGAUAUGACCAACCCAAUGCAUUCUUGGAUAAGCUUCAAUCAAAAUACCCGAUGCUGUACAGCAUCCUACAAAACGAGGCCUCUCCAGAACUCAAGCAGCGCAUUGAUAGAGACCGCAACAAGACUACUUACCAAGUGGACUACUGCGAAAGUGGUCCCGGAGCUAAGUUCGAGGGUCUCCAAAGGGCCGCGGAUGAGAGUGGGACGGGCCCGUGCGCGCAGCCGAUGCGUCUGCCUGGAGACCCGUGCCGCGUGGGGCCGAAGCCCCGCAAGUCUGCUCCGAGGACCAUGUCCAAGCAAGCCGGCGGCGGCGGCGCCAGCGACCCGAGGGCCAAAUGCGAAACAACGUCAGCAGUGCCGCCUCUCGGCAAGACGGAGUACCAGGACGGCGUGUCGAAACUCGGCGCCAUCAUCAUGCGAGACAAGCUGCACAGGAAGUAGGAACCAAACUUGUGGACGAUC